CUGAGUUUGUCAUUUGGCCUUUUUUGAAUGAGCCAGCUUAAGUUCCAAAGCGUCGUCACGUUCUCGAGCGAGGACGGCCCCAACCUCGCCGACAAUAUUCUAUCCUCUGACAGACACAAGGCAUGGAAGGGCGUCGCGGGCGCAAGCAGCCACACGAUCGAAAUCGACCUGGAUCGCGCAAGCAUCGUCCAGUCCGUGGUGAUUGGGAACGCGGGGUCGGCCAUGAUCGAGCUGCAGGUGGCCCGGCGAGGCGAACUCGCAGCCAACCCUGGGGCAUUCUACGAUCUGCUGCCCACAUCGACGUUCAUGACCAAAGCAGACAUGACACAGGGGACGAACGCGACGAGGAUUCGCACAUUCACCAAAGAGGCCUGCGAGCAAGACACGGUGUCGCAGCGCUGGGAUCGCAUUCGCCUGGUUUGCAGGCAGCCAUUCAGCAAGACGUUGCCAUUCGGUGUUGCAUUUGUGGAAUUGUUUGGCUUGUCGCCGACAGGUGCAGCGCCGCCGCCAAGUGGCGGAAAUCGGGCCAAUGCUGGUGCGAUGGCGAUGGUCACUGAGACGCAGCCCGUGAAUGACGACGAUGCUGACGGCUCCCAUUCAGGUGGAGAAAGAACAUCGCCGACAGUGUCGCCUCCAGCAGCAGCAAUGAAGCCAGCUGUAACGCAAUUUGGCGCAUUCAAGCUCAAGUCGGAGGCCCCGAAGGCGGCCAUCACUCCUGGCAGCCUGUUUCACGAAAGCCGGAAUACGAUUUCAGCAAUGCCUGCAAAAGCACCCUCGUCGUUUGCACCGACUCAAACCACGAAGGCCGCUGCAAGUGUUGCCCCCGCGAAACAAGCAGUCCCGGCUUCCCAGUCGAGCCGCUCUUCUGCGCCGGUCGCUUUGCCAUCGUCAGCGGCAUCCUCGCAGCCGCUGGCUGCUCAAACAGUCAUCCCUCCUCCAAGUAGUAGCAGUUCUGCGACUGCUCGACCAACACAACUACCUGCUGCCAAGCCUGCAGCCCCAGUAAUAGCCAGAGCGGAGAAACCCUCUGCAGCAGCACCAGUAGCCAGAGCGGAGAAAGCCUCCGAAACUCACACUCCACCCAAGACUUUGUCGCCAGCGCGCAAGCCGAUGGUUCAUUCGGACGAGAGCGGUGACGAAGAUGACGACGGAUUUAAACUAUUAAUGAAAGGUGUCACAUUCGUUCUCAGCGGAUACCAAAAUCCCCUUCGAGGCGAGUUGCGGACGAAAGGUCAGCAAAUGGGCGCCCGUUACGAGCAAAACUGGACCAAAGGUUGCACCCAUCUGAUUUGCGCGUUUGCCAACACCCCAAAGUACCGCGAAGUUCAAGGCAAGGGUAAAAUUGUCAACGAACGAUGGUUGACAGACUCGCACAAGCAUCGCAGACUGAUGAAUUGGCGCAAGUACACGUACGAACCAGUAACAGACGAAAGCGAUCAAGAACAAGAACAACCACCACCACCACGAACACCAAGUCCCAACAAACCACCGAGUUCCCACAGCGCUUCGCUACCCCAUACACCCAAGCAACAGCAACCAACCGCUGCCUCGCCUCCUCUGCGACAAACACCGCCAUCGGCCGCCAAGCGGAGAGCUGUCGCGAGUGACACGGACGAAGACGAACAAUCGCCUCUGCGCCAACGUCCUCUUCCUGCACCACAACCAUCUUCAGUCCAUGCAAGCAAGCGAGCGCGGUUGGAAGUCGAUGAAUCGAAUGAAGUCAGCCCUAGGGCUCGCUUGGAUUUCGGAGCGGACAAGCCCUCCACGUCGUCCACUAGCCAGAACGUUGUCGCUCGUGCCGCUGCGCGCAGCCAGAAGAGCACGCGGCCAGAGUAUGAUGCCGACACGGACGACGACGAAGAAGCACGCGCGCCCCGUAGUUCGGAGUGGAGUAAUCCAGCUCGCACAGUCGCGGGCACCAAAAACACGCCCGUUCUCAGUGAAUUGGUUGAAGGCACCGAGUAUCGCAUUCAACCGGCCACGGGCCCUGCUGCUGCUGCUGCUGCUGCUGUGGCAGAGCGUGCGCAUGAGGCACGCAGCAGCAGUGCUCCCGCUGCUCGCUCCCAACCAGCCCCGGCCAUGCGCACCGCGUACACGAUGGACAUGGAUACCGACGACGAAUUGGACGCUGUCGCAAAUCCAGCCGCUUUGCCACGGCCAGCAGCAAACCGAGCGCCUCCACCACCUGGCCGUGCACUGACCUUUGCAGACCAAGACACCGAGGAUGAAGACGAAGCUGCGACACACCCGUCUGCAUCAAAGCCAAUAGCCCAGCCACCCGCCCCAGAGCUGCCCGACUUUUUCGAGGGCCUUGUCUUUCACCUCGACAAGUCCGUCGUCAUGCCAGCGCGAGCGAUGGCCAAGCGCUACAUUGCCGCCUAUGGCGGAACUCUAGACGAAGACACUACGGAGGUGUGCACCCACUUUAUUGCUGAAAAUCAUUCACGGGACAUUGCUGCGACGCAGAAAGACCAUCCUCGAAUGGUGUUUGUCAAAUCCGGAUGGCUGUCUGCCUGUCACCUCGCCAAGCGACGAGUGCCCAUCGACGAUUUCAAGGUUCCGAUGCCCUCCUACAAUCCCUACGACGACGAAGAAGAGUAUUAGGUGGUUUUUGGUGCCAGAUGCGCAAGUGUUUGUUUACGUUGGAUGGAUUGAACAACGCGAAACCCGCAACAAUACGCGCAAAGCCCCAGAUGGUCGACGUCUAUUGCUUCUACGUCAUGCUCUAUGCUCUAUGCGUCUUGUGUCGAAUACAGCGAUCACAAACGCACGAUCGUCGAAAUGCCGUCGAAUCGCCUUCCUUUCCCUUCGC